AUGUCUAAGUUUAAGAAGUCAUUAAAGCUGCAAAAUCGGCAAAAUGAUCCUUCGUCUAGUCAAAGAGUCUUUGAGGGCAACAACGAAGCUGGAGACAGUGGGGAGGUAGAUGAUGAUGAUGAAAAGAAGAGGAGAUCGAAACAGAAAGUCAGUUUGGAGGAGCUGUACAGAAAGAAACACGAAGAGUUAGAGAGGGCGAGGAUGGAGAGAGAAUUGACGAUACAGGCAAAGAAGGAAGCGAGAGAAAAGGCCGAAGCACGGAGGAAAGAAGCCAAGGAGAAGAUGCUAAAGAAGACUCGACAUGGUCAGCCUGUCAUGAAAUACAGGAUAGAGCAUCUUCUUGAAUCAAUCAAGAACACCUCUCAAAACCAUGGAAACUGA